AUGGGCAAGCACGAUGUCACACUAGCUCUUAAUGGCGAAUUCAAAAGAAAAUAUGUUUAUGUAAACUUGAGACCUUUCGCACGCGAGUUCAUCGCGGCAACUACACGUAUGUUCGAGGUCGUCAUCUUCACUGCGGCAACAGCCGAUUAUGCAAACCCCGUUAUAGACAUAAUAGAUUGCGAAAGGCGCAUACAUGGACGCCUAUUUCGCAAUUGUUGUACUUUGUGGAAUGGCUGUUAUAUCAAGGAUCUGGAAAUAUUCGACCGUGAUCCGAAAGAUAUUGUUAUUAUCGACAACACACCUGCGUCGUAUUAUCUACAGCCGAACAAUGCCAUACCAAUAUCUUCGUGGCAUGACAACCGUAGCGACCGAGAAUUGGUGCUAUUGUUGCCCUUUUUGAGGAAGCUUUCUUUGGUUAAUGACGUCGUGCCACUGCUUAGCGAGCGUUAUCGCUCAAGCUCAACCAAUGCCGAAAACGUAUGUAGGCGUCAACAACAGCAACGCCUUCUUGCAUUGGACCAAUGUUAA